AUGCCAGAGUACGAGCCGUACGUCGCAGUGCGCGCAUGUCCGGUCAAAUGGCAAUCGACCAAAGAAGCAAAGCAUAUACGGGAGCAGCGAGGCGCACAAGCAGCAUUUUGUCCAGAGACGCCUCAGCGCAUGCUAGACAAGGAUGGCGACCAUCUGGCAGGCGUGCGAAUAACGGGCCCGCGGACGCAAUGGAACAGGCACUGCAUCAUAAACAUCUUUCGCCACUUUGGCAACAUUGCCACGCUAGCAUUUGCUCGACCCGCCUCACCUCUCGACCCUUCGCCGUACUGCCACCUCCACUUUGAGCAUCUCGAAUCUGCCAAGGCUGCUACCGAGAAAUUUGGACCUGGCAAGGGCAAGAAGUGGUCGGCCAGGCUGCUGGAAGAUGCCAGCAAUCAAGCAGCUCAGCGCAUACAAUGGCGCCGUAUGCUGGAGCAAGACCAACUCUUGAUGCAAUGCGAAAAGACCAGCAUCGUCGUUUGCAUGCUGGAUGUCGCUGGAGUAGAGUCGCUCGUGGUCAGAGUUUGGCUUCACGAUCUGCUCGAUGCAGAGCCGAAAAUAGACGCGAUCAAAUUUGACGCUUGUCUAGAGCAAGAGUACCUCACAUGCACCUGGCCCAGAAGCGAUUUACUGAAUUGA